AGAACUGAUUUCAGGAUGAAACUGCAAGAACAAAGAAGUACUUCUAACACAAACAAAUGCUGUCCAUUGACCAACAGAUGCAGGAAGGUCCUUCUCCCAACCACUGCAGCUCCUGUGAUGGGACUCUGGCUCCUUCAAGCUCAGCUUCCUCUCCUGCUGCUGUUCUCUGGCCUGCAGAGACCCACGGCAGCAGUUAAAGUCAACUUUAACUUGGCACCAGAUUCCUUUGAUGAUCAGUACCAAGGCUGUAGCCAACAGGUCAUGGAAGAGCUAAGACAAGGGGAUUAUUUCACAAAAGAACUAGAAGCCCGUAGGAAUUAUUCCAGGGUCUGGCAUAAUUGCCACUUAAUCUGGUUGAACCAAGAUAAAGCUCUCCCUGAGAACAUGACUAUCACACAUGCUGUAGCCAUCUUGGUUUAUACAUUGAACAAAAAUAUUCGUUCUGACUUCACUAAAGCCAUGGUCAGUGCUGCCAGGUCUCCAUGGCAAUAUAAACAUUCAUUUCAUUUCAAAUACCUACAUUACUACUUGACCUCAGCAAUCCAGCUGCUAAGGAAAAAGAGUGUCAUGAAGAAGGGCUCUCUGUGUUAUGAGGUGCAUUACGAGGCUGAUUUCUACCUGGAAGCCUACACAGGAGCCACCAUUCGAUUUGGCCAUUUCCUGUCUUCCUCCCUCCUAAGAAAAGAGGCACAGAACUUUGGGAACCAAACUCUAUUUACCAUAUUUACCUGCCUGGGUGCACCUGUAGAAGACUUCUCUCUCAAGAAGGAGGUCCUGGUCCCUCCCUACGAGGUGUUUAAAGUUGUAAAUAUGAGCUACCACCCAAGAGGAAAUUGGUUGCAAUUGCGGUCAACUGGAAAUCUGAGCACAUACAACUGUCAGCUACUAAAAGCUUUCAGCAUCAAGUGCAUCCCUGCUCCUGUCGUUAUUGCUACUCUCUCUUUUUUGAUCAGUGUCAUCUUCUCUUCUAAAAGUGGAGUAUAAAGGAAACUUAUUGUUUUGCUUUUCCUGUACCCUUUUGAUUUAUUCCAAUUAGGGUACCCUAAAUAUCCUUGAGGGAUUGCUCUGCGCUCCCAUCAUCAAUUGAUGCAGAUCUAGCUCAGCCUCCUGCCUAUGAAUGGGCAUGUAACUCAGUAUAUUUCUUCUCCAUGGACACGGAGAUCUAUGCUGGAAUAGAAAAUGGCCCAAUCAGAGUCUGUGAGAUAAAUUCAGGGUGCUUUUUUGGCUUUAGAUUUGGGAGUGGGGUGGGCUUUUUUUUUUUUUUUCCUAAGUGGAGAUUAAUGAAAACAGUGUGUGAGCCUAGAGCUGCUAGCAGCUAUCUUGCCCCUGGGAGAGGGGACCUUAACUCCCUUAGAAUGAAACCAACACAGUGAAGGAAGAGCUGAGAAGUGAAAGGAAACUGAGCCCUGAUGAGAGUGUUUAAGCCACUAGAUCCCACUGUGCCUACAACUGAUACUAUGGGCUUUUUAGUUACACGAAUCAAUAAAUUAUAUUUUCGCUUAAAUAAUUUGAAUUAAACUUUCUAUCUCAAGCAAAUUGGAGUUAUGAUGAAUAUAAGAAUGUUCCUUUAUUUUUGAUUUAGUAGUCUUAAAUAGGAAGAAAUCAGAGAAGCUUGAGUUAGAAGAAAGCAAAUGCCAAAUUCUCCAUCAAAUGAAAAAGCUUUGAGCCCCAGAGACAUAAUUAAGAAAUUAAUUUUCUUCAGAAGUUUUUAUCGGUAUUCAAGACCAAAUGAGUGUAGUCUCAGAUGGAAGGAAACAUGGAAACUUGAGAAAUACAAGUGAAAGAUGUUAGCGAAAUCUCAUUCACUGCCAGUAAUGAGGUGUUGCACACAUGUUUCUAACCUAUUACAAAAGUUAGAAUUUAAACUCAUAUGUUAAUUUACAGAGAACUUUGUGGUAAAUUGGAUUUUAAAUAUUUGUUGCAAAUUUAUAUACAUUAGCAAAGCUUGUAGAUGCUUAUGGAGGUAAACAAAGAAAGAAAGAAAGAAAGAAAGAAAGGAAGAAAGAAAGAAAGAAAGAAAGAAAGAAAGAAAG